UUAGUGAUGUAACCUGUAUCAUUGCGAUAAUACUAAGAGGCGUUUCUCCCUCCCAUCUUUGUUUCAUUCACUAUAAGAUCCGCGCAACAUAUGUAUAUUUAUAACGUUCUACGCCGCGUCCGACGAAACAUCUCGUUUAUUUGUUAUACUCUUACAUCACGAUGAAUUUAUUCUUGUUUUCGUCGCCCCUUGUGCUAUUAUUAACUAGUUUGAUUAUCAUUGGCAUCUUCAAAGUUGUCACUGUGUUGCGUCAUAUACAUUUUUAUUGGAGAAAUAAGGGCGUACCUUACCUGCCAGAUUCGCUAUCGACUGGUAUAAUGGGUUGGAAAUUGUUUCUGCGUCGCAUCACUUUUUCCGAUUAUUGCAAAUAUCUGUACAAUCACUUCUCAAACGCUAAAUAUGUUGGAAUAAUGGAUUUUGCUACACCUAGCGUGCUAUUACGCGAUCCUGAGUUGAUUAGAGAUGUCAUGGUGAGGGAUUUUGAACAUUUUCCGGAUCAUCGCAGUUUUGUUGACGAAAGCGUAGAACCGCUGUUUGGCAAGAACAUCUUUUCUUUGCGCGGAGAUCGUUGGAAAGAAAUGAGGAAUACAUUAAGCCCCUCUUUCACUGCUAGUAAGAUGAAGUUUAUGUUUGAUUUGAUAUCGAAAUGCUCUCAUGACUUUGUUGAUUAUUUGGUUGACCAUCCCGAAAUCUGUGAUGCGAUUGAAAUGAAGGGAGCAUUCAGACGGUACACCAAUGAUGUAAUCGCUACGGCAGCCUUUGGCAUAAGCGUGAAUUCUAUGAAGGAUCAAAACAACGAAUUUUAUACGAGAGGAGUGGAAGCUACUAAAUUUUCUGCUGGAUUGUUAGCAAUAGUCAAGUUCAUAUUUAUACGUAUAUGUCCAUCAUUCUGUAAAUCAAUUGGAUUGACCGUUUUUUCAUCAGAUACGUCCAAAUUUUUCAAGAAGAUCGUGGAAGAAACGAUUAGAACGCGGAAAGAGCAAGAUAUCGUCAGACCGGAUAUGAUUCAUUUACUAAUGCAGGCUCAAAACAAGGAAGGUACCAGUGUACAUAAAAUGACAUUGGAUGACAUCGUUUCGCAAGCGUUCAUUUUUUUUCUUGCUGGUUUUGACACAUCUUCGACAUUGAUGUGUUUCGUUGCUCACGAACUGGCAGUUAAUCAAGAUAUUCAGGAUCGUUUGCGCAAAGAGGUACAACAACAUCUUACCGAAGGAAACGAUGAGAUUUCUUACGAAUCGCUGUCGAAAAUGUCUUAUAUGGAUUUGAUAAUUUCCGAGACUCUCAGAAAGUAUCCACCAGUCAUCUUCAUCGAUAGACUUUGUGCUAAGAGAUACGAACUGCCUCCGUCGCAACCAGGCUGCAAGAAUGUCAUUGUUGAACCUAACAGUAUAUUGAUGUUUCCUGUUUAUGCUUUACAUCACGAUCCAGAAUACUUCCCGAAUCCAGAUAAGUUCGAUCCCGAAAGAUUCAGUGAUGAGAACAAAGAUAAAAUUUUACCAUAUACUUAUCUACCAUUCGGUCAUGGACCUAGAAAAUGUAUUGGUAAUCGAUUUGCUUUAAUGGAAACUAAGAUUCUGAUAGCUCAUCUUUUACUAAAAUUUACUCUGAAGAUUACGGAAAAAACUAUUGAACCAAUCGUAUUUGAUAAAAGAGAAUUUACGUUGCAACCUGUUGGUGGAUUCUGGAUUGGCUUGGAGAAGAGAGAAACGUGAAAAUCUCUCACGUUAUUCUAUGAUUUAUGUAUUUAUGGAAAAGUAUCACUUUCAAGUUUCAAGAUAUUUAA